ACCUGCAGUGAUUCAUAUUUUCGUGUUUGUUACCGAAAGAGUUCUCGAAUGUACCAGCUUUAUAAACAUUCAUGCUGUUCAUGAUUGAUAAUGGCAUUUGGAAUUUUGCACUGCAGUAUUGCUUUGCGCAACACUCUUCUCAGCCUCAACAUGAUUCACAAAGGCCGCGUCACGGUCGCUUGGGUUGUGGUCGCUUGGCGCUACCGGGAUUUUUGUUGUUGUUGUUGUUUGCUCACAGUACACUGCGGUUGUUUAGGUUUGGGUUCAAGAGUGUUAAUAUCACGUACGAAAUGAAAGAUAAAAAGGUUUUUUUUUAGUCGAUGAGGUAUCCAUGGGUCUUUUUUAACGUUUUAAAAAUAUAUAAAAAUUGUACAAAGUCACUGGGUAGGUACCUCGGGAAAAUUGUAUGGUAUUGAAGUCUCCUUCCCAUACUUGGACCACCAACUUGGACCACCCUGCGGCCAUUCUUCUAUUUCCACGGUUUGUUGCCUGCGAGCCCAUAAGGAAAGGAACGACACCAACACGCAGAGAAUGCAGCAGACAAUAUCUAAACGGAAGAGGCCGAAAGCCGACAUUAUCUUCUACGGGGGUGACAUUAUCACUAUGGAGGAGCCCCAUGCCAAUUCACUGGGUAGCGCAGCAGAUCCUCCACCAAAGGUCGAGGCCGUGGCCAUCAGUGGUGACACCUUCCUGGAAGUGGGUACCAUCGAUAAGGUCUUCAGGCACGCCGGGAAAAAGACCCAGGUGAUCUUCCUGAACCAGCAGACCCUCAUGCCGGGUUUCAUUGAGCCUCACCAGCAUGCCAUACUGUGCGCCCGCAUGCGGAACAGCAAGUUCAUCAAAAUCAGUGCGAUUGAUUACAGGUAGAGAAGGGAAAAGGAUUUCCUUCUGUGGGAAUAGAGGCAAUGGCAGGAGAAAUGGAGGAGGCAUUUUCCCCACUCCCUUUAAAAUUUUUUUUUUAGUCUCCGAAAAUUAAUGUGAAAAGAUUUUCAUCAAGUCAUUACCUUCCAAAUCGCGACCCCCCAAUUUAGCCUCACCUUUGCUCUCAAAAAACCGUAAAACGGUUCACAAAGAUAUUCCCACGUUUUUUACCCCUCACCUCAGCCCCUUCUCAAAAUGACCUGCUCUUGGUUGGACGGAAAUGUGAACAGGGAGACUAAACUUAAACUACCUCGUCAUCUCUUUCGUGGCCACUCUUUCGAUUACACGUUGACGCACUGCUGUUGUGAGUAAGACACAAGUCAAGGAGUGAUGCUGGCAGAAUGAUAUCAUCACUAUGCCUGCGCAGAUCAUGGUGUUCAAACGGUUAACGCUGUAACUCCGGAAUCUGUUAAGGUCGCGGCAGCAGGUGGAUUACUCGACUGACGCUACCAGCGGCCAUUUUACCGUGCUGAAUACAAAGGCGAAAGUUGCCUCCCUCGCCAUUAACGAAUUCGGUAAGCAUUGGCAAGCAAGCCUUUGUUAUUUGGCACGGUAAGAUGGCCGCCGGUGGCUUCAAUAACCUCUGUGUGGUACAUAAUUAUCAUUAAGAGCACUGCGGGUCAGAUUUCUUUUAACGAAGACGUGCCGUGCUGGCACCUCUGACGUAUAUAUAAAAAUGUCUGGACUCGCAAUGCCCUUAAUCAGCUUAUGGAGAUCAUCAAAUC